CAAACCCCGGGCUGGGCGGGGAUUGGUGGGCUGGGCACUCACGUGGUUAACGGUCGCGGGAAGCCGCGGAGCCCGAACCUGCGGCUGGACCUGCGGGGACACCAGCCUCGGCGCCCGGGCCGCCCCGCCUCCGCUGGACAGUCCGCGCCGCCGCUGCCGACCCCCGCCACCGCCGCCCGCAGUCCCGAGCGCUCCGGAGCCGCAGCCCGCCGCCGCGCAAGUCCGCCACCGGGGCGACCAGGCGCGCCCAGUCGCACGUGGCGGACCCGCCCCCUAGGCCGUCCCGAGUCCUAGACUCCGCGGGCUUCGGCUCUCCGGUCCUCGGCCCCGGCCCCAGGGCGAGAUGAGCUUCCUAAGCCGGCAGCAGCCGCCGCCGCCCCGCCGUCCCGGGGCUUCUUGCACUUUGCGGCAGAAGCUGAUCUUCUCGCCCUGUAGCGACUGUGAGGAGGAGGAGGAGGAGGAAGAGGAGGAGGGCAGCGGCCACAGCACGGGGGAGGACUCGGCCUUUCAAGAGCCUGACUCUCCACUGCCGCCCGCGCGGAGCCCCACAGAGCCCGGGCCCGAGCGCCGCCGCUCGCCCGGCCCGGCCCCCGGCAGCCCCGGGGAGCUGGAGGAGGACAUGUUGCUGCGAGGCGCCUGUCCGGGCGCGGACGCGGCGGGCGGCGGGGCCGAGGGCGACUCAUGGGAGGAGGAGGGCUUCGGCUCCUCAUCGCCGGUCAAGUCGCCGGCAGCCGCCUACUUCUUGGGCAGCUCGUUCUCGCCGGUGCGCUGCGGCGGCUCGGGGGACGCGUCCCCGCGCGGUUGCGGGGCGCGCCGGGCUAGCGAGGGCCCCUGCUCGCCGCCGCCGGACCACCCCGGCACGCCGCCGCACAAGACCUUCCGCAAGCUGCGGCUCUUCGACACGCCGCACACGCCCAAGAGUUUGCUCUCCAAAGCUCGAGGAAUCGAUUCCAGCUCUGUUAAACUCCGAGGUGGUUCUUUGUUCAUGGAUACAGAAAAAUCAGGAAAAAGGGAAUUUGACAUGCGACAGACUCCUCAAGUGAAUAUUAAUCCUUUUACCCCAGAUUCUGUGUUACUUCAUUCCUCAGGACAGUGUCGUAGAAGAAAGCGAACACAUUGGAAUGAUUCUUGUGGUGAAGAUAUGGAAGCCAGUGAUUAUGAGUUUGAAGAUGAAACAAGACCUGCUAAAAGAAUCACAAUUACUGAAAGCAAUAUGAAGUCACGGUAUACAACAGAAUUUCAUGAGCUAGAGAAAAUUGGCUCUGGAGAAUUUGGUUCUGUGUUUAAGUGUGUGAAGAGGCUGGAUGGAUGCGUUUAUGCCAUUAAGCGAUCAAAAAAGCCAUUGGCUGGCUCCGUUGAUGAGCAGAACGCUUUGAGGGAAGUGUAUGCCCAUGCAGUGCUUGGACAACAUUCUCAUGUAGUUCGAUAUUUCUCUGCAUGGGCAGAAGAUGAUCAUAUGCUUAUACAGAAUGAGUAUUGUAAUGGUGGAAGUUUAGCUGAUGCCAUAAGUGAAAACUAUAGAAGCAUGAGUUACUUUACAGAAGCAGAGUUGAAGGAUCUCCUUUUGCAAGUUGGCCGGGGCUUGAGGUAUAUUCAUUCAAUGUCUUUGGUUCACAUGGAUAUAAAGCCUAGUAAUAUUUUCAUAUCUCGAACCUCAAUCCCAAAUGCUGCCUCUGAAGAAGGAGAUGAAGAUGACUGGGCAUCAAACAAAGUAAUGUUUAAAAUAGGUGAUCUUGGUCAUGUAACAAGGAUCUCUAGUCCACAAGUUGAAGAGGGUGAUAGCCGUUUUCUUGCUAAUGAAGUUUUGCAGGAGAACUAUACCCAUCUACCAAAAGCGGAUAUUUUUGCCCUUGCCCUCACAGUGGUAUGUGCUGCUGGUGCUGAACCUCUUCCUAGAAAUGGAGAUCAAUGGCAUGAAAUCAGACAGGGUAGAUUACCUCGCAUUCCACAAGUGCUUUCCCAAGAGUUUACAGAGUUGCUAAAAGUUAUGAUUCAUCCAGACCCAGAGAAAAGACCUUCAGCAAUGGCACUGGUAAAACAUUCAGUAUUGCUAUCUGCUUCUAGAAAAAGUGCAGAACAAUUACGAAUAGAAUUGAAUGCUGAAAAAUUCAAAAAUUCACUUUUGCAGAAAGAACUCAAGAAAGCCCAGAUGGCAAAAGCUGCAGCUGAGGAAAGAGCACUCUUCACUGAUCGGAUGACCACUAGGUCCACCACCCAGAGUAAUAGAACAUCUCGACUUAUUGGAAAGAAAAUGAACCGCUCUGUCAGCCUUACCAUAUACUGAACUACUCAUUUCCCACCUCCCCCAAAAAACUGUGACAAGAGGAAGCUAGGUUGAAAUCACUGCUAGAAUCCAGUUUGCAAAUUACUUUCUCAGUCGGUGUCAGUAGUUUUACUGAAAUACCUUUAGGACUUUUACUUGUGAAUUACAGUUGAAAGCUGUAUUUUGACCAGUGCUAUAUCAGGCUUUCGUCUAGUCUUACUAGUCUGUCUUCUGUAGGAUGUCAGUCACUGUUGGAUGUUACACCAGCCUUUCCAGGGUUAACCACUGUGGUGGUGUGCUGCUUAUGGUUUGCUGUUGCAUUGUAAUAAAAGGUGACUUUCCCUGUAGUGACCUGUAAAAAGGACUCAAGGGCUUUAUUACAAACAUAUUCUCCCUUUGAAAAGGGAAAUGCUAAGAGACUCAGUACUACUCAGCCUUCAGUGUACCUGUGUGUCAAUCUUAUAUUUCUUUUUUUUUUUUUUUUAAUUGUGAAUUAUACUUGUAUAUCCAACUGGGAGCACUUUGUAGGCACUGCAUGAACCAUGGAAUGAUAAUUCUGUGGAAGUAUUGCCUUGUGAAUUUGCUGCUAUUUUAGUUUUGUCCUUGCUGUAAAAUUGUAGCAUUAAACAAUCAUUGUUGUUAAUAGGCUUUUUUUGGAAAACAAUUAUGUGAAAUAUGUAGCUGCUCUUGAUGACAAGCAGCUAUUUGCCUUUUUUUCCUUUGAACUUUGAAGCUAGUGCAUUGGAGUAAUGCACCUUUUUUUCCCUUUUGGAUUGCUGUAUUAAUGUAGUAUAAUUAUUACUGGUUUUGUAAUUUUUCCUGAUAAUGCCCUUCCCUGACCCUUUUUAAAAAUGUUCUCUCCCUCCACCCAAGUUUUGUACUUGAUUGUAUUGUUAGUCUGUUUUUAAAUGUUUUCCCCGGUUUCUCUUCAAUAUUUGUGUAUAUAAACUAAUCUUGGCGAUAGUGUACAUAGCUGUUUGUAAUGCCAGAAUGACUUCUGACUAUUCCAAGCUUUUCACAAAAUAUAUUUUAUCAAUGAUUAGCCAUUUGACUAAUAAUACUGGCUAACCAGACAUUACAGAAGCAAAAACAACAUAGAAUUUGUCUGUCGUAUGUUUGCCUAUUAAUUUUGGUUUGAAACAUGUUUGCACAUGUCUGCUUGACUUGUGUUUUACUAACAUUGAUUGGCAUAUUAAAAGUCACUCUGAGCUUA